AUGUCGGUUGACUUGUCUAUAAAGGGAACCAUAGCAGACGCGUCUUCCUCGCGUUCCCACCGGCCCCACGGCGGCCAAGGUCUGCAACACCAAUCUCUCUGCGUUGGAUCAACCCUCCCCUCCUCUCAACCUGUGUUUUUGAUGACAAAGCAGCCCCUUCCGGCCACGCUGCUCCGACUCUUCCUCCUCGUCACUGGAAUUGUGGCCAACUCUGGACCUCCUUUGUACUGCUCCUUCUGUCAAGUCCGCCUGGGCCGCCGCGACUGUUCUGUACGUUACAGCUCCUGCCAUGGUUGGUGCCAUCUUCGCUGCAGUAACCUCGCCAACUCUGACGAUUGGUCGCCUGCAUUCACCUGCCCCGUGGCUCUAUCUGCCCCUACGCCUCCUGCCUUUCCUGUCUUCCACACAAAUGCUUAA